CUGCUAUGACUCUUGUGAGCUCAGAACAAAAUAUAAACAACCUAAAAGAGACUUAUUGGAAAUAUUGAUUUGGGGAUGUACAACAAUGUAUCCAAGAGGCUGCUAUAAUUCUCAUGAGAUAGAGCUUGGAAACAAGCCCCAAAUCGGUCCUUUUCCAAGGACUCCAUCAUUGCGAAGUUACGUUGAAAUGAAUGAACGGAAGGUAAAGUCACCAAAUUCAGCAACCGGACAUCACCAAGGACAUUCCCAGCAAAGAUCUAUUACACCUCACCAAAGAGGACAGACUCCCCCACAGUUUACUGGUAGAGGUCCAGAAGAAGUCCAGCAACAGUAUUAUUCUCAACCUUCUUUAAAGCAGCAGCAGCUUUUUAAUAUUCCACCACCACAGCCCCAAGGGCAGGGCACAGUGUACACUCAUGAACUGAACAAGCAGUCUCAAGUGCCCAAUAGACUUCCAGCACCUGGUGCUGGGCUGGUACAACCAACAACCAUGUAUCAGCAACAACAAAGUAUGAGACCACAAGCUUCAAUUCCUUUUUUCAGACAAAGUGCUCCUCCUAGUAAUGUGAUGCCUAACAACCAAUAUACACAGAUUCCACAGCAACAAACUCCUCAGCAGUUUACACAGCAAGGCAUGACAUACCAGAUAAUGACCCCAAGUAAUAUGAAUAUUACAGGGCAAAACUAUGGAGCACAAAUUAUCAUGCAGCCUAGUCAUAUGAACAUGCAGGCUUCAAGGAUGAACAAUUCACAGUACCCAAAUAUGGGUAAUCAGCAAAGUAUGCAUUUCACAACAAUGGGGCAACCCACUAGCACUCAAUAUUACAACAAUCCAACAAUGAUGUUUCCUACCCAGCCAAAUCGUCCCCCAUCUAAUCCACCAGCCCAGCCUGAAAAGAGGGUGAAGAAAACACUAAGCAUUGUAGAUCCCAACACAGGCAAAGACCUGACAAGUGAAAUCUUGCAUACAAAGGAAGCUAAGGAAGGGUCGUCACAUAGGUCCACCCCACCAAGUGGUCCAAGCUCAGGGUCCAGAGGGACUCCAGAUACGUCUGCUCCUCAACCUACACAAAAUAGUGACAUUGCAGCCCAGUUUGCUGCUCAAGUGGCUGCCACACUUCGAUCAGAAGCACGAACAGCAGAUCAUGUUGAUAUGCGAGAACAUUCAGAGGAGCCACAGGUUGAUUCCUCUGCAUUAGCUAGUGAGGUUCCAGGAACCAUUGCAGAAAGUGAAACUCUGACAUUACCUGUUAAUGAUCAAGUAGAUAGUUCACCUUCACAAGAAAUUGCUAGUGAUACUGAUAAUAUAGCAGAAGCUGGUAGUAAUGCCCAAAAUCUUUCAAACAGUGUGUCAGACUCAAUAAGAGAUGAAAGCUCUGUAGAGCAGCAGGACUCUGUACCGGUAGAGAAAAGUGAGACAUCUGUUCCCAUCACAGGAAAUGAGCCUCCAUCAUUAUCUACCUCAGCAGAAACAGCCUCAGAUGUGACACCCUCCAGAAGUGAUGAGGAGGUGACAGCAGCCACUGAGGCUCCCCAACAGGAAGAUGUUACCCAAGCCACCUCAGAGGUGAAACCUGAAGAACAAGUGGAACAACCAAGAGAGAAAGUUAGUGUAGAAGAAAAGGUCUCGGAAGAAGUGAAACCAGAACCACCUGUCAAAGAUACUGAAGCUCCAGUUGAUGUGAAGAAGAGUAAAAAGAAGGCCAAAGAUUUGAACAAGAAAGAUAUGUCAGGAACUGACAUGGAUGCAUUCAUGGAUAGCUUGCCUCCUGAAAUGAAGCCCACACCUGAUGUCGUAGAACAGAAGGAAAAUGUGGAGUCUGUCCAAGCAGAUGUGCCAAAAAUAGAAAUUAAGAUUGAGGACAAAGUGGUCCAGGAGGAAAAUGAGAAAAACCAAGAGAAGGACAAACAAGCAAAUCUUUCUGAUGAGGAAGAGAAAGCAACUCUGGAACUCAAAUAUAAGUACAAAGAAGACCAGUGGAGUCCUCUUAAUCCCGAGGGAAAGCGCUUAUAUGACAGAGAUUUCCUUCUCAGUAUCCAGUAUUCUUCAGAGUCCACACAGAAACCUGCAGGUCUACCAGAUCUUCCUGAAAUUAUCUUGGACAAGCCUCAUAGUUCCCAGCCUGGUGGUAGAUCCUUUCAAAGUUUCAAUACGGAUCCAGGACGAUCAUUUGAUUUCACACCAGGAUUUGUGAGAGGCCCAUCAAGAGGUCCACCCAUGACAAAAGGAGGAAGCAAUAGUCAGAGAAGUCGAGGAGGAGGAGCCACCCCUCGUAAAGUUAUUUCUAUUGGUUCAAUCUCACAGGAAGUUACUCUCCACAAAGCGGAGUCUGCAUGGAAGCCGGGAAGAAAGAAGGAUCAGUCAGAAAUUGAUGAAGAGACAAAGAAAACAGAGGAUUUGUACAAGAGAGUCCGUAGUAUCCUCAACAAAUUGACACCACAGAAAUUCCAAACACUUGUGAAGCAAGUUUCUGAAAUGGAAAUUAACACAGAGGAAAGAUUGAAGGGUGUAACUGAUCUUAUAUUUGAAAAAGCUAUAAGUGAACCUGCAUUUAGUGUUGCAUAUGCCAGCAUGUGUAGAUAUCUAGCUAUGAUUAAAGUACCUUCCACCUCUAAACAAGGGGAAUUUGUCAAUUUUCGUGCAAUAUUGUUGACCAGAUGUCAGAAGGAGUUUGAAAAAGAUAAAGAUUCAGAGAAAGAAAUGGAAGAAAGACGAAAAGUCAUCGAUGAAACACAGGAUCCUAAGAAAAAGGAAGAGUUAAUAGAGGAAUUGAAUUAUUCAGAAACAAAAGCAAGAAGGCGUUCUUUGGGAAAUAUCAGGUUCAUUGGAGAGCUGUUUAACCUGAAGAUGUUAACAGAAAACAUAAUGCACGAUUGCUUGUUUAAGCUUUUGAGAGCUAAGGAUGAAGAAAGUUUAGAAUGUCUGUGCAGGCUCCUUUCAACAAUUGGAAAAGAAUUGGAUUCAGAUAAAGCCAAGCCAAGAAUGGAUCAGUAUUUUAAUCAAAUGGAUAAAAUUGUUAUUGAAAAGAAGACAUCUUCCCGAGUGAGAUUCAUGUUGCAAGAUGUUAUUGAUCUCAGAAAGUGUAAAUGGGUUCCAAGAAGAGAUGACAAUAAUCCCAAAACAUUGGACCAGAUUCACAAGGAGGCUCAAAAGGAAGAACAAGAGAGACAAAUCUUUCUACAGCAGGCCACAGCAAAGGAGAAAGCUCAAGGAAGAGGAGGGGGUGGAGCCAGGGGAUCAAGAGGCCCACCUGGACCAGGAAUGGGGUCAAGUGAUGGCUGGAAUACUGUGGGCAAACCUAACAUCAGAGUGGAGAGACAGUCCAUUGAUCCAUCAAGGCUCAAAAUUACCAAGCAAAAUCUUGACGAGUCCAAUAUUCAGCUUGGCCCUGGAGGUGGAACAAACCGAUUCUCUGGCUGGCAGCGAGGAAGUACUGGUGGAGGAGCUAGAAACUCCCAGGAACAAGAAAAACCCAAUGCACCAGCCAACAGGUUUUCUGCACUCAGUAAGCCUGAAGAUGAUAACAGGGGAAGAUUUGGAACUAGCCCUGCCAGAGGUGAUAGCCGAGGACGAGGCAGUGGAGGAUUUGGUCGUCCACAGAGUCGAGGUAUUACUCCAAGAUCUUCCAUGGAGCAAGAGAAGGAGCGAGCUCUUGCUGCUGUUAGGGAUGUUGUUGGUGGUCAGACCACGCCACGCCAGGGUCAGAGUAGAGAGAGCAGUAGAGGACGUGAACCACGCAGAGCGGACAUUGAUAAGAGCAGCAAACAAGCCCCUCCUGUGGCUAAGGAGCUAACAGAGGAAGAGAUGGAGAAGAAAACUAAGGCCAUUCUGGAUGAAUAUCUGCAUGUACAGGAUAUCAAGGAGGCCAUUCUUUGUGUGGAGGAGCUGAAGUCUCCCACUGUUAUGCAUACAUUUGUUAGCACAGCUGUGAACUACAUCUUGGAGAGGUCCAGUAUAGCAAGGAGUCAGACAGGCCAUCUCUUACAUGAUCUAGUCAAAAAGAAUGUGUUAUCUGUCCCUGUAUAUAUUCAAGGGCUUACAGAAAUUCUUCAGUAUGCUGAAGACAUGGAAAUUGACAUUCCAAAAAUAUGGCAGUACUUCGGUGAGCUCAUCGGUCCAAUGGUUCAAGAUGGAAGUGUCCCCCUCAACUUCCUCAGAAAAGCUGCUGAACCUCUGAAAGAGAACAACAAAGCUGGUCUUCUGGUUGCUGAGGUUCUACAUGCUGCUAGUCAUAGAGAGGGCCACAAGAAGGUUGGAUCUCUAUGGAGACAGUCUAGUCUACAGUGGGAUGAGUUCAUGUCAGCAAAUAAUGUUGAAAAGUUCAUCAAAGAUCAAAAGCUUGAAUUUACUGCUGGAGAUGACAGUCAACCAAGCACACCAACAGUCUCCAUACCCAUAGAAAAAGUCCUAGAGAAACUGCAGCAGCUGCUCACAAAGGAAAAGGCUGAUAAUGAAGCGAUAUUUGAUUGGAUUGAGGAGAGUGUAGAUGAGAUAACCGUUAAGGGCAACAAAUUUAUCCGUGCCUUGAUGACUGCAGUUUGUGAUAGUGCAAUAUCUGGGGUUGGAAGUAGUGCACGUGUGAAUCCAGAGGUUAUCAAAACCAGAGGAGAUUUGCUUCAGAAAUACUUGGAUCACCGGGCAGAGUCUGAAUUGCAAGCUUUAUAUGCUUUACAAGUCCUGGUACACAAAUUGGAGCAUCCACAAGGAGUGUUGCGAACACUGUUUGAUACCUUGUAUGAUGAGGACAUUAUUUCUGAGGAUGGAUUUAAUCAGUGGGAGAAAAGUAAGGACCCUAAUGAACAAGAAGGAAAGGGAGUGGCAAUGAAACAAGUGGUACAGUUCUUCACUUGGCUACGAGAAGCUGAAGAUAUGAGUGAUAGCUGAGAAUAAUCAUAUUGUAGAUCUUAAAGAAAUUGGGGGUGGGAAUAUAUAUCUAUUUAUCUGUGGAUUUUCAGUGAAAAGGAUUGCUUCUUGUGAAAACAUUCAUUACAUUUCAAUGGAAUGGAUCGUGUUUGUUUAUCCAUAUUCCAUGUGAGGUGAUUUAAAGCCAUAUUCAUGAUCCCUAUUCUUAAUGGAAAAUCAUAUUGUUGCAGAUUGUUUCAAGUGAAUGUUUAUAAAUUUCUAUGCUUAAUGUGAGCAUUUUAGUUACUGUUUGGUGUGAAUGCCAACCAAUUCAUCCGGAAUAAACCAUGGUUUAAAACCAGAACUAAAAAGGCUGUGUAAAACUGUGCAUUUUUUACUGCAGAUAGGACUGCAUCAAUUGCUCAUUUAUGUGUCCACAUGGUGAAUUUGCUGUCAGAAAGAGAGAAUCAUGAAAUGAUUGUAUUUGAUUCUUUGCAUUAUUACUGAUAGAAGAAAACCUCUGGUGCUAUUUAACCUUGCUGGACUUUUUUUUUCAUUACCAGAAUGAACAAGUUAAAAACCCAUUCAGUAAUAGCCAAUAAGAAACCAUAGAAUGUAUGUUGUGUGCAUGUUGAAUGUUGCUGUUUUGGUGCAAUUGCUAUAAUUUAUAUAUUUUAUUUUCCUCUGGAGACAUACUGCCUAUAAUAAUAUGCAAGUGUAAAUUAUUCUUGUCAAUAUUUUUGUACAUUUUUUCUGUCUUUGAUUUCAUGUGAUAAUAGAGUAUCUACGGAUAUAAUAAUGAUAUAAAUCUCUCUGUUAAUGUGAUUUAUAAGCACCAUGUUAAGCAAAGUGUCUUUUGGGAAUUUUUUUUCUGUUAACUCUGUGUAAAUUUUAAUAGAUGAAUAUAGUAGUAAAAACAUGGUUAUUUCCUGUUAAUGUUUUCUGUAUGUCUCUGAAAAAAGAUACAUUCAAUAUUUUCAUUGAGUUUGUUUAAAGAUUAUGCCCCAGUACCUGACUUGUCAUUUUCUUUGCUGAUGAGAUGUGUACAUAGUUUAUCAGACAAGUGUACAUCAUGUUGAAAUAAUGUCUGAUUUUAAAUCUUUCCUUUGAGUCUCCUUUCACAUUGUUAAUGUGUGAUUGAUAUUGCUUCUGAUUUCCAAAAGAAGGGGUUGUAAUGAAAUAGAAGAGACAUUAAAUUGAUAUUGCAAAAAAACCUAUUGUU